AUGUAUGAGUGGCUGUGUGUCUGUGUGGGAAUGUAUAAGCCCUCGCGUGUGUCUGUAUUGGUGCCCCCACCACUUGUGUCUUUAUGGGUGCCCAUAUGUGUGUCUGUAUGGGUGAACCCACGUGUGUCUGUAUGGGUGCCCCCACGUGUGUCUGUAUGGGUGCCCCCACGUGUGACUGUAUGGGUGCCCCCACGUGUGUCUGUGUGGGUGCCCCCUCGUGUGUCUAUGGGUGCCCCUACGUGUGUCUAUAUGGGUGCCCCACCCGCGUGUGUCUUUAUGGUUGCCCAAAUGUGUGUCCAUAUGGGUGCCCCCCCGUAUGUAUAUACUGGUGCCCCCACGUGUGUAUAUAUGGGUGCCCCCACAUGUGUGUAUGUGUGCCCCUAUGUGUGUGUAUGGAUGCCCCCACCCACGUGUGUCUUUAUGGGUGCCCACAUGUGUGUCUGUAUGGGUGAACCCACGUGUGUCUGUAUGGGUGCCCCCACGUGUGACUGUAUGGGUGCCCCAACGUGUGUCAGUAUGAGUGCCCCCACGUGUGUCUGUAUGAAUACCCCCACAUGUGUCUGUAUGGGUGACUCACGUGUGUCUGUGUGGCCCUCUCGUGUGUCUGUAUUGGUGCCCCCACCACUUGUGUCUUUAUGGGUGCCCAUAUGUGUGUCUGUAUGGGUGAACCCACGUGUGUCUGUAUGGGUGCCCCCACGUGUGUCUGUAUGGGUGCCCCCACGUGUGACUGUAUGGGUGCCCCCACGUGUGUCUGUGUGGGUGCCCCCUCGUGUGUCUAUGGGUGCCCCUACGUGUGUCUAUAUGGGUGCCCCACCCACGUGUGUCUAUAUGGGUGCCCCACCCACGUGUGUCUUUAUGGGUGCCCCACGUGUGUUUGUAUGGGUGCCCUCUCGUGUGUUCAUGGGUGCCCCAACGUGUGUUUGUAUGGGUGCCCCCACCCACGUGUGUCUUUAUGGGUGCCCAAAUGUGUGUCUGUAUGGGUGCCCCCACAUGUGUCUGUGUGGGUGCCCCCAGAUGUGUGUAUGUGUGCUCUAUGUGUCUGUAUGGGUGCCCCCACCCACGUGUGUCUUUAUGGGUGCCCACAUGUGUGUCUGUAUGGAUGAACCCACGUGUGUCUGUAUGGGUGCACCCUCGUGCGUCUGUAUGGGUGCCCCAACGUGUGUGUAUGUGUGCCCCUAUGUGUCUGUAUUGGUGCCCCCACCACUUGUGUCUUUAUGGGUGCCCAUAUGUGUGUCUGUAUGGGUGAACCCACGUGUGUCUGUAUGGGUGCCCCCACGUGUGUCUGUAUGGGUGCCCCCACGUGUGUCUGUAUGGGUGCCCCAACGUGUAUCAGUAUGA